AUGGAAGUGACGGUGCUGGUGGAUGGUCUGCCACGCGUGGUUUGUGGCGUCACCGCGGAAACGACCUGUCAAGACGUGGUCAUAGCGUUGGCUCAAGCCACGGGUCGACCCGGGCGCUACACGCUGCAGGAGAAGUUCAAGGACUUUGAGCGCUGCAUGGCCCCCGAUGAACGCCCUCUGGAGACGCUCCAGAAAUACGGCGAGCAGGCCAGGGAAGUCCGACUCAUGCUGCGCCACAACGGCCCCUCGGCCUCUGAAGACGUCGGCAGGGCAAAGGUCGGCCGGUACCAGCCCUGCCCGCCGUUGAGAAGGAAAGACGCCGGUGCCAGGACGCGGCGGGGUAGCGGCCCCGCUUGUUUGCAUCGCCAAAGCCUGCCGCCGCUGUCCUGCUCAAAGCAAGAGGCCGAGCACCUAAAAAAAGAGGAGCUGAAAAGGCCCAAAAGAAAGUCCCUGACCCUCAUGGAGGAGGCGUGGGAAUGGCUGGAGAGUCUGGGCAAAGGGAAGGUCUACAGCACGGCCCGGGACAAGGAGGGCGGCAAGAAGGCCGAGAAAAGGAACCGGAACUCUCUGGGCAUUUCGCUCACUGUUGACGAAAGCGACCCAGCGAGCGGCGGUAGUAAAAGUAAAGGCAAGGCCAGGGGUCAGAAAGGUGUAAAGUCCCAUCUGGAUCAAACGUCCUGCUGCAUGGGAAAUCAGACGAGGGGUAAAGAGAGCAAAGGCCUUGAGGCGAAGCCCGACAUUUUGUUCGGUUCAAACAAUGCGACUCAAGACGAGAAAACGGGUCUGAGAGAAACGAUAAUACACCAAGUGAGCCGCCUGCAGGACUUGCAGGUCCAGAUAGCUCACGUGGACCAACUGGUUUCGGAGCUCGAGGAGCAACAGGGGCUUAAAAAAGCCCAGCAGGAAGCGCAGCAGAGGAUAAUCCAGGAGGAGAUGGAGCAGAUCGAGUUUUGGGAGAACGAGUUAAAGGCAGAGGAGGCUUACGAGAAAGACUUGCAGCGGCAGUUCCUCCAGAUGAAGGAAAACGCGUCGGGGUGCAAGGCCAAACUGGAGGAUUACAAGCGCCAAAUGCAGGGGCUCGAUUUCUGCGCCGCUCAAACGGCGGCUGAACAAGAUUCUAACGCCGGCGCCGACGCUGCCACGGAUGUCACAGCCGAGCCAACCGAGGGCCGAGGACGCCAACAAUCUGAUCCAGAUGGGGGAGUAGAUGUUGGCAGGAAGCUCCCGCCCAGAGAGGACCUGAACGCCGCCGUUCACGCUCGACUUCCUGCAGGCCAGAUGAAGGAGCGGCGGCCCACUGGGCCCAGCGAGUUGAGGGAGUGGUGGACGCGCUGGGCCCAAACCCAAGACGGCCAAUCUGAGACCACUAAAAAGGCAGUGACUCACCGCUCUGAGCUCACCAUCUACCUGGGGGGUAAAAAGGUCUGA